GUAACAGAAUUCCUUCGGUAUGGAGUCGAAUAUCCGGGCACUUGUCAAUAUUAAAAUGGCGGAGGAAGAAACGACAGAUUCACGAAAUAAUGAAAACAACGAUAAUAUCUUUGAGAUCUUGCAAAAACAAACUUCUAUGCGUAUGACACUAGACACAUUUGAUGACCAACUAAGUGAAAAUGAUAAUGACAUAUUGUUCAAUCUAAAACGGGACCAAACAGGUUACAGGAAUCUACCGGGAUUGCAAAUCACACAUGCUGCACAUGUUGCGAAGGAGGAUAAAAAUAAACAAUCUGAUUCUCCAGUGACAUCUUCACCUUCAGAUCCAAAACGUCUGAAAAUUGCAACCAUUCCAACAACACAUAUUCCAGAUCCAUGUGUCAGUCCAGAUACUGGCAAAAGGAGGCGAAUUCAACAUGAUUAUCGUAGACUGUCAAAUUCUGGAUAUUUAGACGAUUAUGUCAGUAGUGAAAGGCGUUUUUCAUCAACAAGUGAUUCAUCAGAAAUAAGUGGUUCGCCGUCACCUCCCAAGCAAAAACCAUUACAGAAGCCAUCAAAUGGAAUGAAUGGAACGACGAAAGUGUCUCCAUCCCCAUCCAAUCAUGACAGACAUUCUGAUGUUGACAACAGGAGCGUGGACAGUCACAAUGGUACGGCGUCAAGUCCUGAAAAACUCUGCAAGUUAGCCAUCAGUAACCACCAUGGCUCCAGAGACAAGGAGGUGUCCAGCGAACACAAGGAGCACCGGCACCACCACCACCACCACUCGGAGCACCACCACAAACAUGCACAUCACAAACAUAAGCAUCAUCAUCACAAGGAGCAGCGGCAGACCCCCCCCACAAAGACACCGCUAGUCACCCUCAACGGCAAACAGGACUACCAUGUCAUCCCACAACAGACUGGCCUCACUCUCAAAAUCUCAGGAAAGAAACGAAUCGUCAAUAAUUGUGGGGUACAGGUCAACCUCCGCCGCAGGACGGAGAACAAAGGUGUACAGGUACCGUCAAGCAGUGGUUCCUCGAGUGGUAAGGAUGUAAAGAUAGCUUCGUCUGGGACUUUCUCCCCAAAGAAAGGGGUUUCCAGGGUGUCCCGUGGGACCCAGACAGACAAGAAGUCUGGCAAAUAUAAUACUGACAGCAGUAGUAGUAAUAGGAAUGGUGGUCACACCAAUGUGGAAAAUGACUCUAGGCCUCUGAGUGCUAUCGAUGUUGUGAAAAACAUCAACACACAUUGUUUUCAACACAUGGACUUAAAGAAAGGACAUGAUGUAGGUGAUUCCCUUUUGCCUUUUUCUAAUUCUAAAUUUAAGCAGUUUAUGCAUUUAGAAAAAUAUUCAAAUGGUGGAGCACUUGUGUUACAUGUUUAUCAAGAUGAAAUCUCACACCUUUCCAAGGAAGAGCGUGUCGAAUUAGCAAAGGACUAUUUUGAUUUUGUGUAUGGUGAAAGUCCAGAAGGUGUGUCAAAUUGUGUGAUGGGCAUUGUUCAUGGGGCUGUAGCGUCCCAACCAGACUACAUAGACUAUUUUGCCGAAAAUCAUCCUAACAUGACAGUGAAGGCGGGCAUUUUAGGCAAAUCGGACAUUGAAAGUUUGUCAAUGAGUAAAUACAGAGAACAGGUGAUAAAAUCUUACCAGAAUGGCACGUUCCGUACGGGGCCUUUGUUACAGAUAAGCUUAGUUGGGACGGUGCACGAGGAGGUAGGGGACUAUUUUCCAGAGUUUUUGGAUUCAUUGGAGGAGAAUGAGUUCCUUAAAGCAGUGAUGCCUUGGGGUGAGCGGUCACUGGUACAGCUGAGCAGGAACCUCAGUAAUGAUGGUCCCAUACUGUGGGCGCGUCCCGGAGAGCAGAUGGUUCCCACUGCUGACAUGCCAAAGUCACCAUACAAACGCAAACGUGGUAUGAAUGAGCUGAAGAAUCUGUCAUACCUGCCACGUGCAUCUGAGCCUCGCGAGGUUCUAGUGGAGGACAGAACACGCUGUCACGCUGACCAUGUGGGUCAAGGUUUUGACCGAAUGACCACAGCGGCUGUAGGAGUUCUCAAAGCUGUCAAGUACGGAGAAGACAGAAACGAUGAAGGGCGUGUUGUGAAGGAUGUGAUUUGUUUCCAUCCGGGAGAUUUCAUAGAAUUGGUUGAUAAACUUCAUUUAGAUCUCCAUGAACCUCCAGUCUCACAGUGUGUGACAUGGUUGGAAGAUGCAAAACUGAAUCAGCUGCACAGAGAAGGAAUCCGAUUUGCUCGCAUCCAGCUACGAGACGAUGACAUCUACUUCAUCCCACGCAACGUAAUUCAUCAAUUCAAAACUGUCUCGGCCGUCACAAGUAUCGCAUGGCACAUCCGACUAGCUCAGUAUUAUCCACCGGAGCCCGAGGAGGAGGCAUGCAUGGACAGUUCCUCAACAGAGGAGAAAUGCGUAACUUCUUCGGAUCAACAGGUUGUUGAUGUGAAGGAUUCAACGAGUUCCACUGCAACAACUUCCAUGCAAGAAAGAGAAGAAAAAUCUGACAAAAUGGCAUCAAUAUUGGUGCCUCCUGUAGACUCCGCUGUACAAAGGGAUAGUAAGGAGCAAAACACCUCAACUCAUCCAACACAAAAAGUCACAUUUUUGGCAGAUAUGAAGGAAAAACUAACAACACUUGCCACAAAAAUUAAAUCAUCUUCUGUGAAACUAGAGGAAAAGGACAGAAAUUUGUCAGAAUCGUCAACACCUAAGCAUCAUUCUGUGAAGGUUGAAAAGAAGGACAAGGCUACAGCAUAUUCCACAAAGUUGGGAGUCUCGCCCAUGAAAACAAAUGACAAAAAGGAACCAGUUGUACCUCUUCCUCACAAACCAGCAAUUAAGAUGGAAAAGCAAGAAAGAGCCGAGGCUAUUUCAAAAGCAAUGAGUGCUGCACAGAUGAAAGUAGAAAGGCAAGAUAAAAACAGUCCUCACAAUGUUGCAGAGAAAAAGUCUAGAAAUUUUCAUAUGAAGGAUGUGGAGAAAAAAUCCAGCAGCAGUCCUCUCAAGGAUGUGGAGAAAAAAUCUAGCAGCUGUUCUAUCAAGGAUGUGGAGAAAAAAUCCAGCAGCAGUUCUCUUAAGGAUGUGGAGAAAAAAUCUAGCAGCUGUUCUAUCAAGGAUGUGGAGAAAAAAUCCAGCAGCAGUCCUCUCAAGGAUGUGGAGAAAAAAUCUAGCGGCUGUUCUAUCAAGGAUGUGGAGAAAAAAUCUAGCAGCUGUUCUAUCAAGGAUGUGGUGAAAAAAUCUAGCAGCAGUCCUCUCAAGGAUGUGGUGAAAAAAUCUAGCAGCUGUUCUAUCAAGGAUGUGGUGAAAAAAUCUAGCAGCUGUUCUAUCAAGGAUGUGGUGAAAAAAUCUAAAAACAUUCUUAAGGAAGCAGGAAAAAAACCUUGUGUGCAAAAAGAUACCAUUUCAAUUCUCCCAAUCAACAGUCCUCAUGUUCCUGAUGCUCAAAGCUCCACUUCCAAUUUCCAGUCCAGUAGUGAGAUUGAAACUGCUAGGGACACUACCUCAUCGGAGAACAGUAUCCCUGAAAAAGUGAAGACAAGGGACACAACUCCACAGCACAUAGACACUGCAGAAAAUCCAAAGGCAUCAGACACAGAAAACAAUCGUGCAAAACAGGAAGUUGAAGUCCCCAUGGACACUUCAUAGCAAAUAAUUCCAUCCGGCAGUAUUUCAGUUCUAAAGAACCCCCUACAGAUCUUCCUCAAGAUGCAAUCCAGGGAGUUUGGGGCUACGGUGUCAUAUGUGCAAAGCUGUUUCCAUUUAAAAUUACUAACUCUCUUGUAAUUUGAUUUAUUCUUGGCUCUGCGCAGCAUCUAUGAUACUGGGCCCACAUGAUAGGAUCCAUGUAGGCUGUAGUUUUAUCAUAGACACAAUUGUGAAAACAUUAUAUCAUGCACAUCUUUUGUUUUAAGAAUAUCCAACAAUUUAAGUCAUGUUGUGUUGAUGGAUUUUGUAUACAUGUAUUUAUCAACAAGAGUUUAAGCCUAGAGUAUAGCUAUAAUGUCUGUUUAUGGAUGUAUGGUGGAUUUGUGUCGACAGUGAUAUGGGGUCUAGUUCAAAGGGAUGAGUUACUCUAUAUAAUUCUGAUAAGCCGAUGUCCAGUAAUUGCCCACUGCCUUGUUUUAUCAGUUGAUGUUGCCGUAGAUCGGAAGACAACUGCAGCUCCGCCGUGAUGCUAUAAUUCAACACAUCUGUCCAGCACUGUUUUACUACUGUGCCACAUACAGAUUGCACUGAUUAGCUUCUUAAAAUUGAUUGAAAUUGAUAUUUUCUGUAAAUUCUUGAAUAUUCUUGGCACCAAAUUUAUACCCUUUCUAAAUAGAUUUAUCGAAAGUCAAUAACAAGGUGAAUUUUAAAAUUGACUUUUAUUUAUUUCCAAUGGUCAAGUUUCGUUAGUCGUCAUUUAUUAAAAUUGAAUUAAAGGGUGUUGUGAUUCACGUGUCACUUUAAUUUCGUCUAAUUUUUGUCAACAUUAUAUCUGCAGUUGUUACUGAUUAAACUUGAAAUAUAUAUAUAGUUAUUGCUGCUAGCAAGUAUACAAGGUCAAUUAUUUGAUUCAGAAUGACAAAAAAUAUGUUUUUGUAAAUGUUUUAAAAAGCUUUAUUGAAGAGUGUACUUACAAACUUUCUAAAUAUGUUUAGAGAUUAUUUCAUUAAAUAACCUUAGCUGUUGAUAGGCCAUUAAACCCAAUACAACCAACCAACAACCAACCUCAUCAUGUACCUCAAUGAUAUAUCGUUCAAAUUGAGAAGAAAUACUUGAAGUUAAAAUUUAAAAAAUCAAGAAAAUAUAUAAUAUAGAUGUCCUUUAUGAAGAUUGAUGCAGGUUUAGCCAUUUUAUGCAAAACAACAGAUAUUUUAAAUAUUUCUUUUCUAUUAAUUAUUUAGAUGAUACAAGAAAGAUAGUUUCUUUAUCUUGUCUUUUGUGAUACAGAGUGAUGUUAUAAGGUAGAAAGAGAUUUUCAGAUCUGAUUAUAAGUACCAACUUUCUGUAUGUUGUUGUAUAUGUACUAUAUCUACUUGUGAUAAACCCUUGACCAGUAAUAAGCCCACCCCUAGUUAAUCAGAUUUAACAUGUCAAUGAAAUGAGGAAUUAGUCCCAUUAGCCAUUUGACUCCUUAACCCUUUCACCCCAGUGUAACUUAAGUAAACUCUUCCAUGCAUUGAUCGGGAUGAGUCCAUUACGGUCUACAGUGGUGAAUGGGGUAUUACGGCCUAGGGUACCAUGGGUUUAUUACUGUUAGUUUAUGAUAAUUUAAGGCUUAGCGUUAUUGUCCGUCCAGAGAUACAGUGGGAAUGCCUUUGUUAACGAAUCUUCAAACAGGAGCAGAGAUAUUUAUGAUUACAUGAUGGCAAUGCAACUUUAUAAAUAAAUGUCUGAGUGUCAGAAAAAGUAUAAAUUUGAUUAAUAUUGAAAAUAUAUAUAAACAAUUUAAUAAUUAUUUUCACCAGAACUUUGUAUCCAUUCACCCCUGCUUUGGAUAUGCAAUGGUCAUUAAUCUUUCUAGUUUGUACUAGGGCCUGUAUUCUGAACCAAUGGGAAUUACACUUGUAUUCUGAACCAAUGGGAAUUACACUUGUAUUCUGAACCAAUGGGAAUUACACUUGUAUUCUGAACCAAUGGGAAUUACACUUGUAUUCUGAACCAAUGGGAAUUACACUUGUAUUCUGAACCAAUGGGAAUUACACUUGUAUUCUGAACCAAUGGGAAUUACACUUGUAUUCUGAACCAAUGGGAAUUACACUUGUAUUCUGAACCAAUGGGAAUUACACUUGUAUUCUGAACCAAUGGGAAUUACACUUCUGCAACUUGUAAUAAUUGUGUUAUGUUCUAGCUUAAGGCUCUAAAGAUCAGCCCCGGCCCAUGUUGCGAAAUUGUAUAAUUAUAAGCUCAUAAAAUGUAUGUGGCCCAAUUGGUGCUGGGCCUUACAGUUUUAACAGGAGAAGAUUAUUAUUUGAAUCAAUUUGACACAUCUGUAUCAACGCAAGACUGUCAACUACUAUAUCCGUGAUCUUAUUUCAUGAUCAAGGUCUUGCGUAGCCUUCACAAAUUUUAUUGAUGUACUGUGAAAUUUUCCGUCAACUACACAAGUAGGGGGAGAUAACUGCAUGUUAACACGAGACAUUGAGGGCUUUUUUAAGUGGAUUUCAAUCAUUCCUAUCCUUAUGAUCUACAGAAACAGUGAACAUGUUUAUGAAAAGUGAAUUUUGUUACAGUUUAAAUAAAUAUCAACAUUCAGUUUAUAUGUUUGUAAAAACAAAAAGGUAUGAGCUUGCAUAAACUUUGCUUUUUAUAGAUCAAUUGUGGUUUGGAUGAUGCAAUACAUGGUGUUUUCAAUAUGUUUAUGAUAAAAGUGUCUUUGAUUAUGGUUCACAUAUUGAUGUGUAAAAAUAGUGACAUUUCUGUUAGUGUUUAUGAUCACAUUUACAAUGUAGAUGGCCUCAUACAGAUAAGACAUUAUAACUCACUGCAACACACCACAGGUGUAAAGUUACACAGGCACAUUUCAGACUACGUCUAUUCACGAUAUUGUUUUAUGUUGACGAGGCAGCUGAUGAAGUUUUAAUUAGACCUGGUCUGUUGUUGUUGAUGUAUUCAUCGUGUUUGUUUGAUGUAAUUAUGAUUAAUUUUUAUCUACAACAUUUUUCAUGUUGUGUGCGUUAAUUUAAUGAAUGUGUAUUCAUAUUGCAAACAGAAGAGGAUUUGAGAUGUUUAGUACUUCCUGUAUUUAGCUUCAGCCCUAUUGCUUGAUAAUGACAUCACACAUUAUGUGUGUAAAACGUCUCCCUAUGACUAAUUGAUGUGCACAAUUGAUAUGUAUACACAGUAUUGAGAUAGAUUGUACGGUAAAUGUACUGGUAUAUCCCUUCCAUAGUUUUAAAAUGUUGUAUCCAAACUAAUAAGUGUACCUGUCUUUGAAAGUAUUCUCACAUCUUCAGAAUUUGUUUACGAGGAUGAGACAGUGUCAGUUUGUUUCACCCAUCCUACGAAAUCUUCUCUUGUUUCUUUGUCUCUAAGAUACCAAAACAUUUAGCUUGAUAAAUAGAUUUAUUAAGAUCAGGGAUGUAUCAAGUUUGUUUUUUAAAACUUAACGUGUUUGUAUGAUUGACUAUAUAUAUAUAUAGCUACAAC